CGGUGGGAGGGCUUAGUACCUGAAUGGUGCCUUGAGGCUUUAUCUUAAAUUUUUUUAUUUAAGAUAAAUCUCUUAAGGAACCUGAAAGGGAAGCUAAGUACCCAUUUUUACACGCCCAUUGUAUUGCCACGCUCAUACGGUACGCACAUUUAAUGCGUUGGACACACAUUGUGUCGUUGACUUUUUGUCAUCGACCCUGACAAUUUUGAUAACCUGAGAGGAGAUCUAGGAAAGGCAUCGGGCACCAAUGGAGCAAUCCUAUGACAAUAAAGCUUCGAUAUCAAUGACUUCUCUUACACAUGAGUAUUAGUAUCAAUAUCGAUCGGCCUCAUGAAUGAACGCGAGAUGGACGUUUGAAUCGAAGCCGUCAUGGCCCCGUUCCUAUUGAUCCUGCCGUUACUGGCAUCAUUGAUACACCCGAUCCACGGUGCAAUCGAACAAAGUGGAUCGAUGAAGGAAAGCGACAUUGACCCCUACAUGAAGUCCAAAUCUGUCAAAGAUGUUUUAGCACAAAGCAGCGGGAACGCUCUACUGCCUUGUCGAUUCAACAGCCCCGGAAUAGUGACUUGGAUCAGGCGAAAAGACAGACAAUUACUUACAGUAGGUCGAGACACUCAUUCUAUAGAUACGCGUUUCGUUGUCUUAAACAGUCCUGAUUGGAGUCUCUUAAUCAAGAAUGUCAAACAAGAAGAUGCAGGCCUUUAUGAGUGUCAAAUACAAACGGUGCCAGUUCAGCAACGAUUCGUACGGCUAAACAUCACGGAGGCAUACUCUGUGAUACCAGGUGGUCCGGAUCUUCAUGUGAAACAGGGUUCCAGCCUGCGUUUAGAAUGCCAGUUGAUGGCAGCCGCGGAAUCGCCCUGCUACGUAUUCUGGUAUCGCGAGACGCGUAUGAUAAACUAUGAUAACGAACCCGGCGUUAGAUUCGAGAUGAGGAGAAACGGCUCGGUACUCAUCGUAGAGAAGGUGAAGCUUUCGCACGGCGCCAAUUACACAUGCACACCGAAUAAUGCCAGGCCGGCUCACAUCAUGAUACAUGUUAUCGAAGAGGAAGAGAAACCGGCGGCUAUGCACGGAGAAGACCAACGAAAUUUCACAACAACUACGUGGAGCAACACUAUAUUGAUUCUUACGGCUCUCCUAAUUCUUCUAGAUAUAAGACGGUGCUUCCAGACUUUCAUCUGCCACGCCACGUGAUUAACAUACAUCGCUAUUUUCGCGAAAGUUUCGCUGUCAAAGGCAAACAAAUUCGCAUGAAACAAACUUGAACAUCUCGAAUUUUUUUCGACGAUUCGAAAUAUUACAUUUGCGUAUCGAAAAUUAUUCUUAACCUGACGCACAUAUCUUGCUUCUCGCGCGCUCAAGUUAUUUGACUCUGACGAUGAAAUUCAGACGUCGCAUCGCGAGGAAAAAUAUGACAAGUUCCGCUCAGGAUCAAAGAAAAAUCUAUUUGCAAAUAAACUUAAAGCGAGAGAUUCAACUGCAGACAGUUUUCCGAGAGUCCCCGUAUCCCCUGGUGAAAUCUAAGAAGGACUGCAAAGUUUCACGUAACCAUGUAACUUUCGUUUAAAGAAACGUCUUAUCCAAGUGACACUACUUGAUAGAAACUCCGCUUGAACUCGUAACGAGUGAAUAAUAUCCCCGGAAUGAGAUUUGGUCGUCUUUCGACGUGGACGAAUUUACUCGCAAACUUCGAGAACCAAGUUGCAGACCUGUGUCGUUGGACAUCAUAAACUCUAGCACAUUGAAACAGAUGAUUUUUUCAUAGAAGCUUGUCGUUUCUAUUUAUAUCAAAGUCUUCAGAAACUAAAUUCAUUCGCGAAGUUAUGCUCGCAAAUUCUUUAU